GGAAUUGUAUGAUUAAUGACGUGGGACAUGAGAGAUUUGGAACGAGAUAAAAAGGCUUACCUUGAGGACAGCCUUAUUAGGCGCAGAGGCAAACACAGGUUUUGUGGGUUUGAAGCCUACACAUUUAUAGGUUUCUCUAAUUACACAGUUGUUCUCAGGUCUGAAUUCAAAAUGGCCUCAUCUCCUGCUGUCCUUCGAGCGUCCCGGCUGUACCAAUGGAGCCUGAAGAGUUCGGCGCAGUUCCUGGGGUCUCCACAGCUGAGGCAGGUUGGUCAGAUCAUUAGGGUUCCUGCUCGGAUGGCGGCGACGUUGAUCCUGGAGCCUGCGGGCCGCUGCUGCUGGGACGAACCAGUGCGAAUCGCAGUACGCGGCCUAGCCCCGGAGCAGCCGGUAACGCUGCGCGCGUCCCUGCGCGACGAGAAGGGCGCGCUUUUCCAGGCCCACGCGCGCUACCGCGCCGACACCCUUGGCGAGCUGGACCUGGAGCGCGCGCCCGCGCUGGGCGGCAGCUUCGUGGGGCUUGAGCCCAUGGGGCUGCUCUGGGCCUUGGAGCCCGAGAAACCUUUGGUGCGGCUGGUGAAGCGCGACGUGCGAACGCCCUUGGCCGUGGAGCUGGAGGUGCUGGAUGGCCACGACCCCGACCCCGGGCGGCUGCUGUGCCGGGUGCGGCACGAGCGCUACUUCCUCCCGCCCGGGGUGCGGCGCGAGCCGGUGCGCGUGGGCCGGGUGCGAGGCACUCUCUUCCUGCCGCCAGAACCUGGGCCCUUUCCUGGGAUUGUGGACAUGUUCGGAACUGGAGGUGGCCUGCUGGAGUAUCGGGCUAGUCUGCUGGCUGGGAAGGGUUUUGCUGUGAUGGCUCUGGCUUAUUAUAACUAUGAAGACCUACCCAAGACCAUGGAGACGCUCCAUCUGGAGUACUUUGAAGAAGCUGUGAACUACUUGCUCAGUCAUCCUGAGGUAAAAGGUCCAGGAGUUGGGCUGCUUGGAAUUUCCAAAGGGGGUGAGCUCUGCCUUUCCAUGGCCUCUUUCCUGAAGGGCAUCACGGCUGCUGUCGUCAUCAACGGCUCUGUGGCCAAUGUUGGGGGAACCUUACGCUACAAGGGCGAGACCCUGCCCCCUGUGGGCGUCAACAGAAAUCGCAUCAAGGUGACCAAAGAUGGCUAUGCAGACAUUGUGGAUGUCCUGAACAGCCCUUUGGAAGGACCUGACCAGAAGAGCUUCAUUCCUGUGGAAAGGGCAGAGAGCACCUUCCUGUUCCUGGUAGGUCAGGAUGACCACAACUGGAAGAGUGAGUUCUAUGCUAAUGAGGCCUGUAAACGCUUGCAGGCCCAUGGGAGGAGAAAGCCCCAGAUCAUCUGUUACCCAGAGACAGGGCACUAUAUUGAGCCUCCUUACUUCCCCCUGUGCCGGGCUUCCCUACAUGCCUUGGUGGGCAGUCCUAUUAUCUGGGGAGGGGAGCCCAGGGCUCAUGCCAUGGCUCAGGUGGAUGCUUGGAAACAACUCCAGACUUUCUUCCACAAACACUUGGGUGGCCACGAGGGGACAAUCCCAGCAAAACUGUAAUUUUUAUUUGAUCAUGUGGCCUCUCUGUUGCUAAUCUCUCCUGGAAACAUCUGCCACAUUUAGUGUGUGUAUGUGUAUUCAUUCUUUUGUUUUUAAUAACUAACGUUUUUUCCCCUCAUUAUUAAAAUGAAUUUACCAGUAAGAA